CUCCAUACAUACAUCCAUAUAUCAAUCGUCGGACACACUUAACUGUUACAACAGACAAACACACAUACAAUUAAUCACUCAACAACCAGCUGCCGUGCUCCUACUCACAGCCAGUCACCGUACUACGCUGCGCUUCGAACCAAGCACUCACUUGUAAACUUCAUAUACAUAGCAAGUCGGUAGAGCAGCCGAGCUCGAAUAAUUCCCCCCUGCGAAUUAUCGGGGAGAAGAUGACUUCCUUCGUCACCACCGUGUAAGUCGAUGCCGAAACAAAUUACCUACUUAAUAUAUAAUCUAUCUACAUCUAUCUAUAUACCUACCUACCUACCUAACCUAUAUAAACAUACAUACAUAUAUACAUACAUCAGCCCUAUUCCUACCUACUAACCAAACCCGCCCCAAAACGCAGAAACCAGCGCGCGCGCAACCAAUUCCGCGCCCGCGGCGGCAAGGGCGGCAACACGAGCUACCAGCUGCGCCAGUACGCCGAAGCGACCCUCGGCGGCGGCAGCCUGCGCAAGGUGGUCAAGCUGCCCGAGGGCGAGGACGAGAACGAGUGGCUGGCCGUCAACAUGGUGGACUUCUACAACCAGGUGAACCUGCUGUACGGCGCCAUCACCGAGUUCUGCUCCCCGCUGUCCUGCCCCGAGAUGAAGGCCACCGACGAGUUCGAGUACCUGUGGCAGGACGGCGACGCCUACAAGCGCCCCACCAAGAUGGCCGCCCCCGACUACAUCGAGCAGCUCAUGUCCUGGGUCCAGGCCUCCAUCGACAACGAGUCCGUCCUCCCCUCCCGCAUCGGCGUCCCCUUCCCCAAGUCCUUCCCCGCCCUCGUCCGCCAGAUCUUCAAGCGCAUGUACCGCGUCUACGCCCACAUCUACUGCCACCACUACCCCGUCAUCCGCGAGCUCGGCCUCGAGCCUCACCUCAACACCUCCUUCAAGCAGUACGUCCUCUUCAUCGACGAGCAUAACCUCGCUACCGGCAAGGACUUCUGGGGACCCCUCGGUGACCUCGUCGAGAGCAUGCUGCGUAGUGAUUGAUUGAUUGAUUGAGUUGGUUCCAAGCCUCGGAGAGUUCUAGGGGGGGGGAAGGGGGGGUAAUGAUUGAUGGGUAGGUAGAUACGUCGAUGAUGAUACCUGCGCCAAGGUAGAAUAGUCAUGCUGCAUCUUUUUAAGGCUCGGCGUUUAGGGGGAAACAUCAGACUACAACGUUGCUUUGCUAAGGAUAGAUUAAAGGGUAAUUCGCUGCUCGCAGCAAAGGCUGUGAUACCAUCACAUGGAACGACUAGCAUUCGGCCGUUGCACAUGUAUACUAUUGGCUGUGAGUUGUAUCGGAGUUACGCGUGGCAGGGGUUGUCCGGCUGGGGG